CCGCCGUGCACGCGCCGCGCGCUCCCGGUGCGGGGUCGGGGCGGGCGGAGCGGAGCGGCCGGCGAUGGAACAGCCGCGCCGCCGCCCCCGACGUAUCAACAGUCUCCUCCGGGCCAGGCCGUCGGUAGGUGGGCAGCAGCGGGCAGCUGGCUGGUUGUGAGGAGCAGUGGCUCAUCUCUCCGCAUCCGUGCUCCCGACUCACUCAGCGGAAGGUGUGGCUGGGCUGUGCACUCCUGACUCCCAGCUCUCCUCCUCCAUCUGUUCCUGGUGGAUGAAUUGGAGGCUUGGAGUGAUGGGGAUGCCCUGAGCCCUCGCCUCAAGAGCUUCAGGCCUGGAUGUUGGUGCUGCUCCUCCCGGACGAUGUGGCUGAUACUCUGGAGAAGCCCUCUCUUAGCCCCUGUUCUCCAAGUGCCUGAGCUGGUGGCCGGCUGGGACCUGCGUCUUGCCCUCUGGGUCCUGAGCUUCGCGUCGGCGGUUGUGCGGAUGGAGGGUCAGGUCUACUCACCAACUGUCAACACGCACUAUGGGAAGUUACGAGGGGUGCGCGUGCCACUGCCCAGCGAGAUCCUGGGGCCUGUGGACCAGUACCUGGGGGUGCCUUACGCCGCCCCCCCCAUCGGGGAGAAAAGAUUCAUGCCCCCUGAGCCACCACCAUCCUGGUCAGGCAUCAGGAAUGCUACCCACUUCUCACCGGUCUGCCCUCAGAACAUCCACAAUGCCGUCCCGGAGAUCAUGCUGCCCAUCUGGUUUACUUCCAAUUUGGAUAUUGUGGCCACGUACAUCCAGGACCCCAACGAGGACUGUUUGUACCUCAACAUCUACAUCCCCACGGAGGAUGUAAAACGGAUUUCCAAGGAAUGCACCCGAAAGCCCAACAAGAAAAUAUGUAGGAAAGGAGGAGCCAGCGCUAAGAAACAGGGCGAGGACUUAGCCGAUAAUGACGGGGAUGAAGACGAAGACAUCCGGGACAGCGGUGCCAAGCCGGUGAUGGUGUAUAUCCAUGGCGGCUCAUAUAUGGAGGGCACAGGGAACAUGAUAGACGGCAGCGUCCUGGCCAGCUACGGGAAUGUGAUUGUCAUCACCCUGAACUACCGCGUCGGAGUGCUCGGGUUCCUGAGCACGGGGGACCAGGCUGCCAAAGGCAAUUACGGGCUGCUGGACCAGAUACAGGCGCUGCGCUGGGUCAGUGAGAACAUUGCCUUCUUUGGGGGAGAUCCUUUGCGGAUCACUGUCUUCGGCUCCGGCAUUGGUGCCUCCUGCGUCAGCCUGCUCACUCUCUCCCACCACUCUGAAGGUCUCUUCCAGAGAGCCAUCAUCCAAAGUGGCUCUGCACUCUCCAGCUGGGCAGUGAACUAUCAGCCUGUGAAGUACACCAGCAUGUUGGCUGACAAGGUGGGCUGCAAUGUGCUGGACACAGUGGACAUGGUAGACUGCCUGCGGCAGAAAAGUGCCAAGGAGCUGGUGGAGCAAGACAUCCAGCCUGCUCGCUACCACGUGGCCUUUGGGCCAGUCAUUGAUGGGGAUGUGAUUCCAGAUGACCCGGAGAUCCUGAUGGAGCAGGGCGAGUUCCUCAACUAUGAUAUCAUGUUGGGGGUCAACCAGGGCGAGGGACUGAAGUUCGUGGAGGGCGUGGUGGACCCUGAGGAUGGCGUCUCGGGCAGUGACUUUGAUUACUCGGUCUCCAACUUUGUAGAUAACCUGUACGGCUACCCCGAGGGCAAAGACACCUUGCGGGAGACCAUCAAGUUCAUGUACACGGACUGGGCUGACAGGGACAACCCCGAGACACGUCGCAAGACUCUGGUGGCCCUCUUUACUGACCACCAGUGGGUAGAGCCAUCAGUGGUGACAGCUGACCUCCAUGCCCGCUAUGGCUCUCCCACCUACUUCUACGCCUUCUACCACCACUGCCAGAGCCUGAUGAAGCCUGCGUGGUCUGAUGCAGCCCACGGGGAUGAGGUGCCUUAUGUGUUCGGGAUACCCAUGAUUGGCCCCACAGACCUCUUUCCCUGCAACUUCUCCAAGAAUGAUGUCAUGCUCAGUGCUGUGGUGAUGACCUACUGGACCAACUUUGCCAAGACAGGGGAUCCCAACAAGCCUGUCCCCCAGGACACCAAGUUCAUCCACACCAAGGCCAACCGGUUUGAGGAGGUGGCCUGGUCCAAGUACAACCCCCGUGACCAGCUGUAUCUGCACAUUGGGCUGAAGCCACGAGUACGCGACCACUACCGUGCCACCAAAGUGGCUUUCUGGAAGCAUCUAGUCCCCCACCUGUACAACCUGCAUGAUAUGUUCCACUACACCUCCACCACCACUAAAGUGCCCCCGCCUGAUACCACGCAGAACUCCCACAUCACACGCCGUCCCAACGGCAAGAUUUGGACCACCAAGCGCCCGGCUAUCUCACCUGCCUACAACAGCGAGAAUGGUAAGGAGAAGUGGAGCCCAGAGCAGGAGGCGGGCACCCUGCUUGAGAGCCCCCGUGACUACUCCACUGAGCUGAGUGUCACCAUCGCCGUGGGUGCUUCCCUCCUCUUCCUCAAUGUGCUGGCCUUCGCUGCUCUCUACUAUCGCAAGGACAAGCGCCGGCAGGACACACACCGGCAGCCUAGCCCCCAGCGUGGCGCUGCCAACGACAUCACCCACGCGCCUGAUGAGGAGAUGCCCUCCUUGCAGGUGAGCCAGGGGCACCACGAGUGCGAGGCUGUGCCGCCCCACGACGCCCUGCGCCUGGCCGCUCUGCCCGACUACACCCUCACCUUGCGCCGUUCUCCAGAUGACAUCCCGCUCAUGACCCCCAACACCAUCACCAUGAUCCCCAACUCGCUGGUGGGGCUGCAGACCCUGCACCCCUACAACACCUUCACUGCUGGCUUCAACAGCACGGGGCUCCCGCACUCACACUCCACCACCAGGGUAUAGCUGUCCGCUGCUGGCGCACACGCAUGCACGCACGCACACGCACGCAGCAGACACUGGCAGAGGGACCGACGGGGCUGGCAGAGCCCCCAGACGGAAGGGCAGCGCCCAUGGACGGUACGGCACUGAGCCCGGAGACCUGCGGGGUCCCCACACAGCCAGAUGCCCCGCUCUCCUCUCAGCGCUUUCUUUCAUUCCUGUCUAACUUUUGAGAAGUGCUUUGACUCUCCCGGCUCCCGGCCAGAGGGCCCUGUGGGUCGCCCCGGGAUGCCGGUGGGGUGCAGGGAGGACACGGCGUAGUCCCUGUGCCCACGCACCGGCACAGGUGGGCAGGAGGGACCCCACUGGGAGUGACCACAGGGCUCCCCACACCCGGGCUGGGUCUCCCUCCAGGGCAAUUGCAUCCCCAGCACUCUGCCCACCGAGCACCCCAGGACUGACAAGGAUUGGGACCAGGCAUCCCUCGCAGCUGGUGCCCAGGCAUCCCCAGGUGGCUUGGCAUCCCGAGUGCCCUGGAAAAGGCUCCUUCACUGUGUCGAGAAGUGGCCUUGGGCCAUGGUGCUAUAGGCAGAGGAAGCGGGCAGGGUCCGGGGACCCGGCCUCAUGCUGGGUACAGGUUCUGGGGCCAGUGCUGGGGCUUGGGGACCCCAGGGACCCUGGGAGUGACGCCCUGGCCUGGAGACUUGGCACCUCUGCCCCUCUUUGCGCUGCAGAGAAUCUCUUUUGUGUCAGUCGUUUCUCUUUGCAGAGACGUUUUUUAAGCAGAUCUUUAGUUCUUUACACACUAACGGAGUCGCCGCGUUUUGUCCUUUGUAAAGAUUUUAAAACCAAGUGUUCUUGAUAUAAAAUAAAAAGCCAGUUAGAAGCCAGCGUGUGCGCGCGGUGCCGGCCCCCGUGGCCCCCACCUGCCGCGGGCAGGCACCAGGCAGGGCACUGCCUCCUGUGCCGUGGGGCCGCGCUCUUUUGUAUUUUUGAUAUUCUCCCUCCUCUGUCGCCUGUGCCCACUAUCUCAGCCAAAUAGCCUACCUGAUGGCCUGCCCGCGAGCACCCCGCGCCCCAGCCCACGCCACUGCUACCAACAACCAGUGCCACCCACUGCCCUGUGCGGGCAUCACCCGCUGUGAGCACCGUCCAUCCACCCCAUCAACCCAGGGCAGCCCCCUGGCACCGUGUCCCGGUGGUCCCCACCCUGCCCUGCUCCCCCAGAAGCAUCCCACCUCCCUUCACCACUGCCCCAGGGUCACCUUGUGCCCUCCCUGCCUGCGUCACUGCCCGAAAAAGCAGAGCCAACAUGUGGGCAGGAACAGGGUGAGCCAUGUGCUGACAGCGACUCUGCCUUCCACCUUGCUCCCACUGGGCCCUUUCCUCAUCGCGGGGUGACCCCGGUUCUGGGAUCCAGGGCGUGCAGCUGGGAUAGAUCCCUCGGCCAAUGCUGCUUGAGCGGGGCCGCUCAGGUGAUGCAGCCAGCAUGGGCUGGGAGCACCCGUCCUAAGUCUGGAGCACCCACUGGGCUGGUGGUGGCCACCGGACCACACUCCGUUGCUGGUGGCGGGGCUCAAGGCAAGGGGCUUUGGUGCAGCUGGGUGUGGAGAAGGAGCUGCCGGGGAGCCCACAUGGGGCACUCCAGUCUAAGCCCCCCAUGGUGGGUGCUGGCACCUGGGGCCUGGGGAGGCAGGGGGAAAGGACAAGUCCUUGAGGGGACACUGUAUCCUCUACCCCCGUGCAAGACGGUCCGGCUGGCAGACGCUGCCCGCACUGGCAGCCGUGACGCACCGGUGCCGGCUGGCCCUACUGCCUGGGGUCAGCGCACCCCCAGCCCUGCACCCCGCCCCAGCCCCUACCCCCGGGCAGGGCUGAGGGUGAGGAUGCUCGUUGGAGAAUGUAUUUAUACCCUGUCACCCGCGCAGAGUAACAAAUUACAAAUAAAACAGAAGUGAUAUUUUUAA